GUUCACGCAUGCUAGAGGAUGUCGGCGCUGGACUGUGUUACUUGCACUCGGUGCAUAUCGUGCACGGGGAUAUAACAGGGGCGAAUAUACUGAUUGACGAGGGAGGCCAUGCGAGGCUAAUCGAUUUUGGUCUCUCCACUAUUGUCCGACCUCUUCUCGGCCAGUCACACUUAGCUGCGACAUCUAUACACCCAGGUGCAAUCCGCUAUGCAGCACCAGAACUUGUUCUAUCAGAUGAGGUCUGUGACCUACCUUUGAAAAAAGCUGAUAUAUAUUCUUUUGGUUGUGUGAUGCUUCAAAUUCUCUCGGGUCGGCAACCUUGGUCUGAGAUCAAGUCUGAAAAGCACAUCAUUGUUAUGCUGUCUCAAGGUCGUAGCCCGCAGCGCCCCAGCGGCCACCCUGCAAUGACGGACGCAGAUUGGGGCACCAUUCAAAAAUGUAUGCAAUCCGAACCCGAACUUCGACCAUCAGCAGAUGAAGUACUCGACUUUGUCAUGCGUAGAUUUUCCUCAUCAGAUUCUUUUAGCUCACCUGAUGAUUCUCCCGAUGAUGCGCAGGGUGGCUUCCCUGGUGCUUCCCUGUACGAUGAUUCCGAUGACUCUGACAUUACAGAACACUCGCCCAACAGUCUACCACCCCACCCUAAUCAGGGGUUGACGAAUGUAAUCAUAGAGCCCCGAGCUUGGAGAUCUUCUUCUUGUUCGUCACUCCCGAGUCUUGGCAGCACCGGUCCCGUAACGGUGUUCGGCACUGCUUGUUCAUCACUCGACACUGGUUCUUGGCCAUCACUCCCGAGUCUCGGCACUGGUCCUGUAACAGCGUUUGACGCUGAUUCUCUUCAAUCGACCAGCAUCGCGGGACAUGAACAAGGACAACUGCCGCCGCCACUUCCACAGGCAUCGUCAAGCAACCACGGAACCCGCCCACGAAAAAGAAGUGUUGUCAUCUUCGGCGAGAGCGGCUCAGGGAAAAGUUCGGUCAUCAAUGCAAUAACGCAAACCCAGCUUGCGGGGACAUCUAGUGAUGCGACGGGUUGUACUUUCAGUUAUCAAUGCUACCCAGUCGAAAUCUCUGGCCAGAGAUAUGUCCUGUUCGACACCGCAGGUCUUAAUGAUGGGAGUACUGGCGCAGUGCCGGCCGCGAAGGUGGAAAAGGAGUUGAAGAGGCUGCUACGUGGUCUCAUGAGCCCUGGGUCGGAUGGCAUCGGCCUUCUGGUAUACUGCGUGCGCAGCACGAGAGCCCGUCAGGCCCUCAUUCGCAACUACAAUCUUUUCUACUCUGUGAUCUGCCGGAAGAAGGUCCCGAUCGUCGUUGUCGUCACAGGGUUGGAGAACGAGACCGAUAUGCAAGGUUGGUGGUAUGCCAAUGCCAAGGAGUUCAAGAGUCGUGGCAUGUAUUUCCAAGACCAUGCAUGCGUCACGACGCUUCACAAACACGCAGGCAUCUCAGACGUCUUCAAUUGUCGUAUCGCAGAGUCUCGCGGAAUCGUGCACAACCUUGUCGUCAAUAACUGCUCGGAAUGGGCGGUCGACAACACCUGGUUCAAGCAGUCUUUUGCAGAUGUGCGAUACGUGAUGAGGCAUAAUUGGAAUAGCAAAAGGUCUUCCCCAUCUACCCUCAUCGUCUGUGGCUCGUCACCAAAGGAAGAGGAAGACCUUGUGCUGCUUUCGGUGGGGAGACAUACCGGGUUCGCCUCGUUCCUCCACCAGAAUCGACUUCGAGCGCAGGAGGGAGGCAUGAAGGAGAUCUUCUCAUAUAUUAUGCUCGCGCUGACACACUCUCUGUGGCUCGCCAGACGUUCCGCGAGUUCUACACAGCGUACCGCGGGUAACAUGGUGCCGGUCGUCGUCGUGGUCAAAGG